UGUCUGCGAUUCUGUGAGACUUGCCAGGUGGCGUGGUGUGGGUGCCGGCAGGGAAGUGGGAGCAGCAGUAGCAACAGCAGCCACUACAGCAACGACGAGACCACCGCCAUGAAUGGAUCUGUAGGGGAGCGUGUUGCCAUUCUGGAUGCUGGGGCUCAAUAUGGCAAAGUCAUUGAUAGAAGAGUACGAGAACUAAAUGUGGAAAGUGACAUAUUACCACUUGAUACACCAGCAUACACACUCAAGGAGAAGGGUUAUAGAGCAAUUAUAAUUUCUGGAGGACCAAGUUCAGUUUAUGCAGAAGAUGCACCUCGUUACGAUUCGGAUAUUUUCAAGAUAAAUGUCCCUGUUUUAGGAAUAUGUUAUGGCAUGCAUCUUUUAAAUAAGGAGUUUGGUGGUACAGUUCUAAGAAAAGCUGCUAGGGAGGAUGGCCAGUACACCAUAGAAGUAGAUAACUUUUGUCAUAUAUUUAAAUAUAUGGGUGUUAAGCAGGAUGUGUUGUUAACUCAUGGUGAUAGUAUAGACAAAGUAGCUGAUGGCUUUAAAGUAGUUGGAACUUCAGGCAACAUAAUUGCAGCUAUUGCAAAUGAUAAACAGAGACUCUAUGGUGUCCAGUUUCACCCUGAGGUGGACUUGACAGAGCAGGGGACUACAAUGAUGAGAAACUUUUUAUAUGAAAUUAGUGGCCUCUCGGGAACCUUCACACUCCAGAGCCGUGAACUACAAUGUAUAAAUUACAUUAAGGAACAAGUAGGCUCCAAUAAAGUUCUGAUGUUAGUGAGUGGGGGUGUUGAUUCAACUGUUUGUGCAGCUCUUCUUCAUAAAGCUUUGUCAGAAGAACAAGUAAUAGCUGUUCACAUAGAUAAUGGUUUCAUGAGAAAAAAUGAAUCCCUACAAGUGGAGCAGUCACUCAGGAAACUUGGCCUUAAACUUAGGGUUAUAAAUGCGAGACAUCAAUUCUACGAUGGUGUGACAAGUAUACCUGUUGACAGUAGUGAUCCAAUGGGAAGAAAGCGUGUCACCAACCUACUAUGCAUGACUUUGAGUCCUGAGGAAAAGCGCAAAAUCAUAGGAGAUACAUUUAUUAAGGUUGCUAAUGAAGUAAUAUCCGAAAUGAACUUGAGAGCCGAUGAUGUGAUGUUAGGCCAGGGCACUUUAAGACCUGACCUUAUCGAAUCGGCCUCCUCUCUUGUUUCCGGCAAUGCACAGAAUAUAAAAACUCAUCAUAAUGACACAGAUCUUGUAAGGGUUCUCAGGGCACAAGGAAAGGUUGUAGAACCGCUCAAAGACUUUCAUAAAGAUGAGGUUCGACAAAUUGGUAGAGAUCUAGGGUUACUAGAGGAAUUUGUUCAGCGGCAUCCGUUUCCUGGGCCUGGAUUGGCAAUCAGAGUUUUAUGUGCAGAAGAACCUUUCAUGGAAAGAGACUUUUCAGAAAGUCAAGUUAUUUUAAAAGUCAUAGUGGAUUAUGCCAGUAGUGUACAAAAGAAGCAUGCCUUACUGAGUCGUAUAGAAAACUGCACCAGUGAAGAGGAGCGCCAGGAACUUCAUAGGAUCUCGUUAAGCCAAACACUCUUUGCCACACUGCUGCCCAUCAAGUCUGUUGGUGUGCAGGGAGACUGUCGUACUUACAGCUAUGUUGUUGGGUUAUCUUGUGACUCUGAUCCUGUAUGGGAAGACUUGAUUCUGUUAGCGAGGAUAAUCCCAAAAAUUUGUCAUAACGUCAAUAGAAUUUGUUUUAUUUUUGGUGGAGCAGUAAAAGACCCAGUCCACGAUGUGACGCCCACCACAUUAACAAAUGGUGUUUUGGCUACUUUGCGGCAGGCAGAUUUUCUAGCAAAUCAGGUACUAGCUGAAUCUGGUUUCAUGGAAAAGUUGUCACAGAUGCCUGUUGUUUUAAUCCCCAUACACUUUGAUCGGGAUACCGUAACCAGGUCACCCUCUUGUCAGCGUUCUGUUGUGCUGAGACCUUUCAUCACUCAUGAUUUCAUGACUGGCAUCCCUGCAUUGCCAGGGAAACACAUCACACCAGAGUUGGUUAAUAAGAUGGUUGCAGAAAUCCAUGCAGUGCCUGGAAUCAGCCGCAUCUUGUAUGAUCUGACUUCGAAACCCCCAGGAACAACUGAAUGGGAGUGACAAGUCGGAAGUUGCUGUCAGAAGCUUAUGGGUGGACUGCUUCAAGUGAGGGGAGACUAACCUGCUCAUUCACUAAAUCUUUUAAGUUGCCUUUGAAUGUUGAGCAAAGAAAAGAUUUUUGAGUGAAAGAAUGUGAGAUAAAGGUGAAUAUUGGAUGGUAGAUCAGAGUUAUAUUGUGUUGAGGUCUGGACAGAUAAAAUGUGAAUGGGACCAUAUGUUCAACUUACAUUAGUUAGGACUAAGAGGCGAUUUGAAAAUUCUUGACAUUUGAAUUCGCUGAAAAUCUAUGGUGACGUUUUCACUUAACAGCACAAAGACGUUCCAUUGUGUAUUUUUGGUCAGUGUUGCUUAAGAGAAUCAGCGGUUUUAUUGUAUUGCGAUCCAUG